AUGAGAUAUUUUACUUUUUUUUUCAUUCUCAGUCCUCAAAAUCUAGUGUGUGUAUUUCACACUUAUGUUACAUCUCAAUUCGGACUAGCCACUUUCCAAUAAAGCUCAGCAGGCCCCGCGGGGUGGCUCACGCCUGUAAUUCCAGUGCUCUGGGAGGCGGAGGCAGGUGGAUCGCUUGAGGAGUUCGAGACCAGCCUGGGCAACAUGGGGAGACUCCGUUUCCACAAAACAAAACAAAAACCAAAAAAAUUAGAGGUGCGCACCUUCGCUCUCAGCUACUCAGGAGGCUGAGGUGGGAGGAUCGCUUGAGCCCAGGAGUUCCAGGCUGCAGCGAACUAUGAUAGCGCCACUGCACUCCAGCCUGGGCGAUAAAGUGAGACCUUGUCUCCAAAAAUAAAAAUACAACAACAACAACAAAUCCCAGAAGUGCUCAGCAGCCACAUGUGGCUAGUGGCCACCUCCCCCGAAGCAGCCCGGACACUCACCUCCUACUACCUUUUACCUAUUUCGCCUUCUCCGCAGGCUUCCCUAGCACUACCAGUUGUCUUACUUGUUGGCGAGUACCUUUGUGACUCCCACUAUACAAGCCCCUCAAGGCCAGGCCUCGCCCAGAACGGUGCCCGGGCGGAGCAGACGCUCCAUCAACGCUGUCCCCGCCUGAGUCCGCGUCCAGGGGAUCCGCAGGCGCCGUGCCCUGCUUCCAUGCGCGCCGGGGCCGCCCCUCACCCGGCCUCCCGCAGGCCCACCCCUCGCCAGGCCCAGGCCCAGGCCCAUCCCCGGGAUGUUCGCUGGAAAUCGUGGACGUGACUGGGAGGAGCCUGCCCGCCGCGGCUCGCGGCGCCGCGCACACAGGGCCCGUGCCAGCGACCAUGGCGGAGCCCACAGUGUGCUCCUUCCUCACCAAGGUGCUGUGCGCCCACGGCGGCCGCAUGUUCCUGAAGGACCUGCGCGGCCACGUGGAGCUGUCGGAGGCCAGGCUCCGGGACGUGCUGCAGCGCGCCGGGCCCGAGCGUUUCCUGCUGCAGGAGGUGGAGACGCAGGAGGGCCUCGGGGACGCUGAGGCCGAGGCGGCGGCCGGCGCGGUGGGCGGUGGCGGCACCUCCGCCUGGAGGGUGGUGGCCGUGUCCUCUGUGCGCCUCUGCGCCCGCUACCAGCGCGGCGAGUGCCAGGCCUGCGACCAGCUGCACUUCUGCCGCCGGCACAUGCUGGGCAAGUGCCCCAACCGGGACUGCUGGUCUACCUGUACCCUUUCCCAUGAUAUCCACACACCUGUCAACAUGCAGGUCCUGAAAAACCAUGGACUUUUUGGUCUCAAUGAAAACCAGCUUCGGAUCCUGCUUUUGCAGAAUGACCCCUGUCUUUUACCAGAGGUCUGUUUGCUCUACAACAAAGGGGAAGCCCUCUAUGGCUACUGCAACCUCAAGGAUAAAUGCAACAAGUUUCAUGUGUGCAAAUCCUUUGUCAAGGGAGAAUGCAAACUUCAGACCUGCAAACGAUCUCAUCAGCUUAUCCAUGCUGCAUCUUUGAAGCUGCUACAGGACCAAGGACUGAAUAUUCCAAGUGUUGUUAAUUUUCAGAUAAUCUCCACCUACAAGCAUAUGAAGCUGCACAAGAUGCAGGAAAAUACAGAUAAUUCAUCACCUUCUACUGAGCAUUCACAAGGCCUUGAGAAGCAAGGAGUGCACGCAGCUGGAGCUGCAGAAGCUGGUCCUCUGGCUUCUGUCCCUGCUCAGUCGGCCAAGAAGCCCUGCCCAGAUGGAGUCUUACUCUGUCGCCCAGGCUGGAGUGCAGUGGCAUGAUCUCAGCUCACUGCAACCUCCGUCUCCCAGGUUCAAGUGAUUCUCCUGCCUCAGCCUCCUGAGUAGCUGGGAUUAUAGGCGUGCACCACCAUGCCUGGCUAAUUUUUGUAUUUUUAGUAGAGAUGGGGUUUCACCAUGUUGGCCAGGCUGGUCUUGAACUCCUCAUCUCAAGUGAUCCACCCGCCUCGGCCUCCCAAAGUGCUAGUAUUAUAAGUGAGCCACUGCACUCAGCCUGAUGUUCCCUCUUUUAUAAGUGCCAUUCCUUCUUCCUUCUUCCUGCGUCACAACCUGGCAAAAUUGGAUUCUUCAAAACGCCAGGUUGGCCUUUCUUGACUCCAAAAGAGGUAACUCUUGUAGCAUUCUUACAGGCCUAACAUAGCACUUACUUUAUGUUGCAAUGCUGUGUGUUUUUACUCCCUAGCUCUGAGCAAAACAUUAUUUAUUCUUGGUAAUUGUAACACUUGGUAGUGAAGACAUAUUUUUUUUGCCAUAUAAUGGAUUAUACUUUGUAUUUGAAUCCAUGUGAAUCAGUAGCAUAUUGGUCUUCGUUGUUUUUCCUCCUUCUCCUACCCUUUUUUUUUUUUUUUUUUUUUUUUUUGAGAUGGAGUCUCGCUCUGUCACCCAGCCUGGAGUGCAGUGGCACAAUCUCGGCUCACUGCAAGCUCCGCCUCCCGGGUUCACGCCAUUCUCCUGCCUCAGCCUCCCAAGUAGCUGGGACUACACUGCCCGCCACCACGCCCGGCUAAUUUUUUUGUAUUUUUAGUAGAGACGAGGUUUCACCAUGUUAGCCAGGAUGGUCUCGAUCUCCUGACCUUGUGAUCCGCCCGCCUCGGCCUCCCAAAGUGCUGGGAUUACAGGCGUGAGCCACCGCUCCCGGCCUCUCCUACGUUUUGUUGAGACAGGGUCUCACUCUGUUGCCCAGGCUGGAGUGCAGGGCACAAUUAUAGCUCCCUGCAGCCUUGAUUUCUCGGGCUCAAGCCAUCCUCUUGCCUCAGCUUCCCUAGUAGCUGGGACUAUAUAGGUGCAUGCCACCAUACUCAGCUAAUUUUUUUAGGUUUUUAGUAGAGACCCGGUCUCACUAUGUUGUCCAGGCUGGUCUUGAACUCCUAAGCUCAAGCAGUCCUCCCGCCUUGGCCUCUGAAUGUGCUGGGAUUACAGGCAUGAGCCACUAUGCCUAACCAUAUUUUUUCCAAUAUUAAAAAAUCUUUCUUUCCCCCUAAGGAAUGUGUUAUAUAAGGUCAACAUCUUUUUAGUGCUUCAAUUUGGCUUGUCUACAUCCAAAGUUAACUCUUUAAGACUUACAUUUAUGAUAAUAAUUCUUUCCAUCGAGGGAUUUAGUCUCCAUUAUUGUCAUGUUUCUUGAUUUUUUUCAUUAUACUUGGUUCUUCUUUUUGUCUAGGUUUUAUAUAUACCCUAAUUAAUUCUUUCUUGGCUGUUUUAUAUCUAUGUUGCUGUCAGCAUGGGAAUCUCUAUUAUUAGAAAGCUAUUAACUUUUAAAAUAUGUAUCUUUUGGUGAUUGUCUUUGUUCUGACAGUUUUAGAUGGCCUGUUUGCUUUUUCUAAAUAUAAACUCAUAGGUAUUUCUAUUCUGUUUUUGGGUUUCAUAAAAUUGUAAUAAGUUUUUUUGAUAUUUCUUCAUUACAUAUGAAGUUAAUUGUUGGUUUUAAACAAAUGUUCUUUGUUAGGAUAACAGAAAUAACAUCUUCUAUUCUUGUUUGUUGGAAGCUAAAAGCUUGAUAAAAGGAAUUAGUAUCUUUUGAUACAAUCAUAUUUUUAUCACUUAAAUUGACUAAUAUGAUUAAAAUAAGGGUUUUUGUAAUAUUAAAACAUCCUUAAAUUCCUGAGAUAAAACUCUACCUGGCUAUAUGUUCUUUUAAUGUAUUAUCUUUCCUAUUUGCUGUACAUCUAUACAUUCAUAAAUAAAAUUCAUUUAUAUUUUA